UACCCAAUUAAAAUAAAUUAUAAGAUUUAAAUUGAAUGUAUAUUAUAUAAUUAUUUAUCUUUUGUUUCAUUUGUUUAUUUGCUUUUUGGUACAAUGGUUAUUAAAUGUUGAAGUUACUUUUUUUACUUUUUAUGAUGAAAAGAUGUUAAUAGUUUUAUCUUUAUAAAUUAAAUUAUUGUAUAAUUCGACAAAAUAAAUAUAAGUUAUUAGUAACAAAAUCUACCACUAUUAAAUAAUGUCUGCUAAUUAUAUAGAAAUCCCCUCAGAAAGAGACUAUGGAUCAAAAGCAACAUUGGCACAAACAUUAGCUGUUAUAGCACAGAGUCUAUUACUUAUUAAUUUGGGAAUGGAGUUGUUGAUGCCUACAAUAGUACUUGGUGAUGUGUAUCUCAAUAAAAAUGGUGAAUUUUUAUUAACGAGUACUCAAGCUUCUUGGUAUGGAAGCAUUUUAUACAUUUGUCAUCCUCCAGGUAGUUUAAUUUCAGGAUUUUUACAAGAAAAAGUUGGACGAAAACGUUGUAUGAUUUUAGCAAAUAUCCCAAGUAUAAUUGGAUGGACAUUUUUACAUUUUGCUACAUCCCCCACAAUGCUUUUCAUAUCUUCACUGUCAAUGGGAUUGAGCAUAGGUUUCAAUGAAGCUCCUAUAUUCUCCUAUAUAGGUGAAGUUACGGAACCUCGUAUUAGAGGUCAACUAGCAGCAGUAGCGCAAGGUGGACUUUUCAUUGGCUCCUUUUUAACUUCAGUAUUAGGAUAUUUUUUCAAGUGGAAAAUUAUAGCACUCAUCAGUGUGUUAAGUCCAAUUAUAUGUAUUUUAUUUGUCCUUAUGAUACCAGAAUCACCAGUUUGGUUAGCAAAUAAAGGUAAAAAUGAUAAAGCUAUAAAAUCAUUAUGUUGGUUAAGAGGUUGGGUAGAUUCAUCAUUAGUUAAAGAGGAAUAUAAGGAACUGAUUCAAUACAAUCAAUUGUCCGGCACACAUCACGGAGAAGCCAUUGAAAAAAAUAUCAAUUUUACUUCACGAAUGAUGUUUUUCAAGGAUCCCCUUGUUUAUAGACCUCUGAGAUUGAUUUUAGUAUUCUUUUUAAUUUCUCAAAUUCUCAGUAUAAUUCCGUGCAGGCCAUAUCUUAAACACAUACUGACUGAAUUAGGUUUGGUGACAAAUCAAAGUCUUAUAUUGAUUCUUUUUACGGCUUUACAAAUUGUUCCAUGUUUUUUAACAAUUAUAUUUGUGAAAAAGUAUGGGAAAAGGUUCCUGUCAUUAAUUGGACUGAUUGCAAAUACUGCUGCCCUAUUUGUAAUAGGUUUGUAUUUGAUGUUAAUAAAAAAUUACUUUUUGACAAAGAAGCCUUGGAUAUUUUUAAUACUGCUUUGCUGGAUUUAUAGUUUCUCUUAUAUUUUGAUAUGUUUACCUUGGACUGUAAUGAGUGAAAUAUAUCCCUAUAACGUUCGAGGAAUUGCCACUGGGUUAUCUGCAGCUUUUUAUUAUUUCUGCAUAUUUUGUUCUACACGAGUGUAUUUAAGUGUUGAAGAAUUUUUAUCACUAGAGUAUACAAUGAUAUUAUUUGGCGUAAUUGGAGUAAUUGGAAGUGUAUACGUAUACUUUUAUUUACCGGAAACAGAAAACAAAAGUUUACUUGAAAUAGAAGAAAUAUUCGAGUCGAACAAAAGAGUUCAUUGAUGUAACAAAUUAAUAUAUUUGUUCCUAUGUAUUUUUAUACGAAUAAUAAACAUUUACCAUUUAAUAAUUGUUUAUACUUUGACAAUUGUGUUAUAAAUAAAUUAUGUAGACCUUUA